UUUCCUUAUGCCGUAUUAUGCGUUAUGCAAAAGUCCGUGCUCCCGCCGUAAUGUGAUUUUUUUGUAGCAUUGAAAGAAAAUAAAAGGACAGUUGCAGAAAAGUGAAAAUUGAAUGUAAUAAGCGCUCUAUAGAAUAUAUAUCUAAAGACUGGAUUAUAAUCGGGAUUUGCGAGCCACUUCGCGCGGCAAAUCCGAAAGCUGAGGAACCGUGACAAUUCUGCGAAAAAUGGCCUUUCCCCAGUCACAUCAGCAAGAAUUGAUCGAACUAGCUGAAAUAACAGGAAUUUCUGCGAUACCAAGUGUCUUUCGUAUUAUGUUGGAAUUGCUGGCAUUGCAAGUGUCUCCGGAAGAUAUUUACACUCUUCUCAAACAAAUUUCAACAAAAUCGUCAAGAUCAUCAACUACUCAACAAGCGGCCCCAAAUGAGGGGGUAAAAACUGGUUCUUCGUCCACUAAGAAAUAGCUCGUAUGUAAGAUUCACUAUAUUAAAUCUAGCCAUAUCUUCAAUCAUACCAUUGCAAAAAUGUACUUAUAUAAAAAUAUAAAAAUACUUUAUAAAUAAUUUAUAAGUAAUCUAUAGUUGCAACCUAAUAUAACUAUGUUUGUUACUUAAUAAGCAUUUCAUAAUUACGUAUGUAUAUAUAUAUUUUUAUAUAUAAAAUUACAUAUAUAUACAAUUAAAAUGCUUAAUCAGAAGCAAUGAUUAAAUUGCAAUAAAUGUAGCAAUCUUUAAUUAUAUUCAGUUAUGGUAUCAUAAAGGAGACAUUUAUCCAUGUACAAAUAAUAUAUAACACAACAUUUUUUUAUCAAUAUUCACUUUAUUCACUAAGCAAAUUCUAAAUCUGUAAAUAAAUAUUACAAAUAAUUUA